ACGAGGUGAAAUGGGUGGUGGGUAGCAUAAAAAACUUGUGCCAUUGCCGCUAGUUCUGAAUCAUGAUCCAUAUCCAUUUCCAUCUGAGAGCCGCCGGGCCAACCUAAGCUGAGCAUGUAGACCAGACCAGAUCGCUACUACUAAGUAAUAACUGCCAAGUAGCAGAGCAGUCCCAGCACUAUAUAAACGACACCAGACUGCAACAGUUUUGAUCAACCGCAACUAUCAUGGAUUGUCUCGUCUUUCGUAUUCAGACCUGAAGAGUUUGAGAUUGAUAGCUUUCAAUUUCAACCAACGUUCGUACAUAGUUUUGAUGUCACCUUUCCUCUUUCUCAUUCUGCUUUCUUUUGCUUUCAUUCACGAUCAUCACCACCCCCAUCUACGCUUCUCUACCACUGCUCCCACCGCCUACUACUAGAUUGAGCAGAGUAUCAAGGGACUCUUUCACCGCUGUUUAUUCUUCUAGUUUUUCCCCCUUGGUACUUGUACUCUGGUUAAGAAACGGAAAAAGCAAGGGUUUUCAUUUUUCAAGGGAUUGCUUAUUUGUGGAUUGUGUUUAGUGGCUGAGUGACUUGACAUUGGAAUUGUUGAGGGUUCUAAGAGGUAAGAUCAGUUGGCCAACUUGUACUUUUUCCAAGAUUCCAUUGAUUCUGUAAAGGUGGGGGGAAUUCUUCUGCUAGAUUCUUCGUUUUGUGCUGUUUAUUGAAAAGGGCUUAUUCUGAUUCUCGAUAAGUGAUUCUGAAAUAGUGCCUUUUGGUUCACUGAAAAAAUUCCAACUUUUAUCUGUCUUCUUGGAAUAUAUAUCUUCAAAAAUAUGCUUGUGGUUAAUUGAAGAAGGCUUUCAGAUAUUGCUAGCUAUGGAAACCUUGUAUCCAGCUUCCUACAUAGUGAAUUCAGACUUGUUGCUGAAAGAGCUUAAGAGCACAAAAUGGACUAAAGAGGAGAACAAAAGAUUUGAAAGUGCUCUGGCAAUGAUUGAUGAGAAAUCUCCAGAUAGAUGGUAUAGGGUGGCAGCUAUGAUCCCUGGAAAGUCGGUGUGCGAUGUGAUUAAUCAGUACCAGGAAUUGGUGGCAGAUGUUAAUGAUAUAGAAGCUGGUUUGGUUCCAGUUCCUGGGUACUUGGCCUCUUCUUUCACUCUGGAAUUGAUGGAUAAUCGAGGCGGCUUUGCCACGUUUAGGAAAAGAGGAAGAUCUAUUGAUCAAGAAAGAAAGAAAGGGAUACCCUGGACAGAAGAGGAGCAUAGGAGGUUUCUAAUGGGGCUUCAAGCUCAUGGUAAGGGGGACUGGAGGAACAUAUCCAGGAAUUUUGUGAUAUCCAAGACUCCAACCCAAGUUGCCAGCCAUGCUCAGAAAUACUUUCUAAGGCAGCUUUCAGGAGGGAAAGACAAGAAGAGACCAAGCAUCCAUGACAUAACAACAGUUCAACUUCCAAAUAAGACUCCAUCUGAGGAUAACAAAUCGCCUUCUCCAGACAAGUCCGGGCUUUCACCUGUGCAGAAAUCCACCAAUGCAUCCAACAUGUUGUUUGACUGGAACAACUCAAAUGAUGGAGUGUUGAUGGUUUUUGACUCGUUGGACCCUAAUGAGUCCUUAGGAUCUCUAUUUGAUAUUGCUACACAAGGUCGUUAUGCUGCUGGGAUCCGUUCUGCCAAUUCGAAGUUCCACAUCCAACCAACGAAGUAUGUACUUGGGUGAAGGACAAAAUGCCACUCCGGUCAAUGAAAUCAAGUGCAAAACUUGAAUUCAUUCUCGUAUUAAGGACUAUGCCUUCUUCAUGUAUUCUUGUAAAUCCAUGACAUCUAGAAAAGGGCAUUAUCCUGCUAGGUAUCUUUCAUACUUGAGACUGUAGGUGAAGAGUCUGUAAGUUCCACUUCCUGAAAAUUCGAGUGGAUCAAUCAUUUUGCAUAAUUGUCCUUUCAUUUUCCAAGCUAGUGUAUAAUCAUGAAGUAGACGACGGCCGGCCAUCUCUCAGGCACAGCACCAAUGUCCAACAAAAGAAAGAUCUGUACAUCACAUUGCAGCUAAGGAUGUAGCUAACAGUUCAAUUUCCAUUUCAUCAUAUAAUCAUUUCAUUUAUCACAGUGGUUCCUCUAAUUCCUUCGGGACUAGACCAGUAGCUUCCUUAUGGUUUCAUUAGCGAAUCUUAUCAUUGAUGAUGUAAGCACGUGAUAUUAUUGCCUACAAAUACAGGAAAAAGAAGCUGAUAGCUUUUUUUAGGCUC